AUGGGUGGGUGGGUGCUGAGUGAUGCAUUGGGGUUGAGCAGUGACUGUCUCCACCUGGACUGCGUGGGGGAGAUCACCAAGUAGGACCUGAUUCAGAAAUCCCAUGGGCCAGGGCAAGACUGUAAAGUCAGAGGGCCAAAUCUAUGGGCGUGUCUAGAGAAUGGGUGCUCAUAUGUUGGCUGUGGAGAAUCUCACGCUGACCACAGCACCGUCCAUUCGCAGGACACUCGGCACAACCUGACCGUGAACUUGACCACACUCAGGGUGUGGUGCUAUGCCUGCCGUAAAGAGGUGUUCCUGGAGCGUAAACUGGGCCCAAAUUCACCCCAUGCCAACAGCAACCUCAUUCAGUCUCCACAGAGUGCUGGUCAACUCCAUGAUAACAGAAGGGCCCCUGGGAGCCCGACCUCCAUAAUGGCUGCCCCUAGUGUAGGUUGUGAAGACCUGGACAUGGAAAUUGAGGACGAGGACAACCUGCGUGCCAGAGGCUUGACUGGUCUGAAGAACAUAGGCAACACCUGCUACAUGAAUGCUGCCCUCCAGGCUCUGUCUAACUGUCCGCCCUUGACACAAUUUUUUCUCGAAUGUGGUGGAUUGGUGAGGACGGACAAGAAGCUAGCACUCUGUAAAAGUUAUCAAAAAAUUGUUUCAGAGCUGUGGCACAAGAACAGACCCUCUUAUGUGGUUCCGACCACCUUGUUCCAGGGGAUCAAAGCCAUAAAUCCCAUGUUUCGAGGAUACUCACAGCAGGAUUCCCAGGAGUUUCUGCGCUGCUUGAUGGAUGAACUUCACGAGGAACUGAAGGAGUCACUGCCUGAACCCUACAACCAGUCCACUAGCAUCACCGUGGACAGUGGCCCUGAUGAGGACAGCCACAGCCAAUCAGACAGUGACUUCCAGUCAUGCAAGUCUUUUGUUAGCAGUGAGCGCUCCAGUAAUGAUGUUCAGGGAGGAAUUGUACUGGUGGAUGACGCAAAUGAAGGAGAGAUGUUGAUUUCUGAGCAAGAUGAAAUCCAGGCCAACAGGGAGUGGCAGAAGGAGAAGAACAUGAUUAAUAACCUGUACCGUUCAGGGAUUAACAAUAUCAAUGGAAGCAAUGGAGGAGACAUGGACAAAGAUGUUGACACUACCAGUGAGACCACACCCAUCAUAAGCAGCCAAGGAGCCAUCAAGGUUCAAGAUAGAGUAUCAGGUAGCUCACCUUCAGUCAUGUAACGUUCAGUGUUGGAUCCACGUAACUUUUGUGCUGCAGAGUUCCAUCUGUAUGGAUACACAUAUAUCCAAAUGUCCAGCAGCCCUCCCAAAGCUUCCUCUGGCUGGACCAACCUUAACCCUGUACACAAGAAAGCCAUGACCAAAUUCUCCCCACCAAAGAACAAACAUCAGAAGAAAUAUCGCAGUGUUAUUUCCGAUGUCUUCGAUGGGACAAUUAUCAGCUCUGUUCAGUGCCUCACCUGUGAUCGGGUGUCUGUGACUCUGGAAAAUUUCCAAGAUAUCUCAUUGCCUAUCCCAGGAAAGGAAGACCUAGCCAAACUUCACUCCUCCACCCACCAGACCUCCCUGGUGAGAGCUGGCUCCUGUGGAGACGCUUAUGCAGCACAGAGUUGGAUUGCCUUUGUCAUGGAAUAUAUAAAGAGUUGGUUCUGGGGUCCAGUGGUUACUCUACAAGAUUGUCUUGCAGCAUUUUUUGCGAGAGAUGAGCUAAAAGGAGACAAUAUGUAUAGUUGUGAAAAAUGCAAAAAAUUACGCAAUGGAGUCAAGUUUUGUAAAAUGUUAAGUUUACCAGAGAUCCUUUGUGUCCACUUAAAGCGCUUCAGACAUGAAUUGAUGUUCUCCACCAAGAUAGGCACCCAUGUCUCCUUUCCACUCAAGGGUCUCGACCUUCAGCCUUUUCUGGCUAAAGACAGCUCUGCCCAUACCACCAACUAUGACCUGCUGUCAGUCAUCUGUCACCACGGCACUGCCAGCAGUGGCCACUACAUAGCCUACUGCAGGAAUGAUGAGAACAAUCUCUGGUAUGAGUUUGAUGACCAAAGUGUGACGGAGGUCUCUGAGUCCUGUGUCCAGAAUGCUGAGGCUUACGUGCUCUUCUACAAAAAGAGCAAUGAAGAUGCAGUGAAAGAACGUAGGAGGGUGUCAGGAUUACUCAACAUGAUGGAGCCCAGCCUUUUACAGUUUUACAUCUCUCACCAGUGGUUUAACAAGUUCAAAACCUUUGCUGAGCCGGGGCCCAUUUCCAACGAUGAUUUCCUGUGUUCACAUGGAGGCGUGCCACCCAAUAAAGCAGCGUACAUUGAUGACUUGGUAGUAAUGCUGCCACAGAACGUGUGGGAUCAUCUUUACAGCAGGUAUGGAGGUGGACCAGCAGUCAACCAUUUGUGUGUUUGCCACACAUGCCAAAUUGAGAUUGAGAAGUUGGAGAAACGACGUAAGGCAGAGCUAGAUAUGUUUGUCCGGCUAAACAAGGUGUUCCAGGAGGAGGACUCUCCAGUGGUCAUAUACUACAUCAGUAUGCAGUGGUUUCGUGAGUGGGAGGGCUUUGUAAAAGGAAAAGACAAUGAUGCCCCAGGACCCAUCGAUAAUUCCAAGAUAACAAUAAAUAAAAAUGGCCAUUUAACACUCAAACAAGGAGCCGAUUCUGGGCAGAUCUCUGAAGAAACGUGGCACUUCCUCCUCAUCUACGGAGGAGGUCCACUGGUGAGUCGGGCAAACGUCAAUCACCAGGAAGUGGAAGCAUCACAGUCAGAGGAGAAGAUAGAAGUGGAGACGUGCUCUGUUUAAUGAAGCACUCGAGAACAAACAAACAAAAAAUAAUAAUUUAACAAAUAACAAGCAUUUUUAUUUGCACUUUUGCUUCAUAUACAUUCAAGCAAAGGACCUCACCUUCAGCCACUACAUGACGCCUUAUUUCUCCUCCCACAGGGAAGAACUGAAUCUGAGAAGGUGUCAUGUUGUGCAAGCCUGUAUAGAGCACCUAAUUUCUUUUAGCACUGUCAUAAUUGUGUGUUGCAUGAUUUCCAAACCAAGCAUUUACAUUAUGUGCGGCUAUUAAGGCCCCCUUUACAUGGGAAGGCAGCAGUUGCGUGUCUGUCUUGUGACUUAAAACAUGCCAGAGCGGCAGAGGUGACAUGAAAACACCUCUCUGUGUAACCGUUAGUGGCCCUUGUGUGUGUACUGUCUCACGUGGAGUUUGUGCGCUACAGAUGUCAUAUUUCCACAGAGAUGUGCCACUUUUUAUCCCCCGCUGGCUGAAGUCCUGAAGGGAGAUGAUGUCGUAGCGAUGUCUCUGUUCGAAAAAGGGUGUAAGCAUUUCUAAAACCAAUUUCUCAGUGUUUUAGGACAAAUUUUUUUGGAAACUUGGUACAAUUCCUUGUUAUAGGUUGAUAAUAUGCAUAUUGUAAUAUUGUAAAAGAUUGACACAUUUUGGCAGAGUUAAGGCCUUGAUUAACUUACCUAGACACUGCCAGUUUCAUGAGUUGGUGUCUGCAUUCUGAAAUCAACUAUCACAUAUCUUGAAAUGUUAGCAGAAUGUAGCAAGCUCUUGUACCAAGGCAGCAUUGGCCAGCAGUUGUGCUUUAGAGCAUUUCUUGUUUGACAUGUAUGCUGGAUUUGAGCAGAUUGCCGUCAUAUUUCCUCACUGUCCCUGUGCACUGAGAAUGAGCAAGCAUGGAUAAAACGAGCUAAAUAUUAAAUGGUUAAUUUUUUCAUGUUCGCCAGUUUGGAUGUAUUGUGUGUGUGUGCGUGCGCGCUUGUUUUACCAUCUAUUCACGGGCAGAAUCACGUAAAAAUCACGGUGCACAGCCCCAAUCACUGUCCACCCUUUGGCUGUGAUAUUGAAAUGAUAUUAUGCUUCUUCUUUUUUUUCCCGAGUUCAUGUCCAAACUCACGUCACUCGAUCAUGUUACAUGGACGAUCUGUUUUCGCUGUGGCCAUUGCCUGCUCGUUGGAAGGUCAUGGGGUGGUCCAUGAGGUGUUUUGUGUGGCCUAUAUGGUAUUUUGCUUUGUCCGGACUUGCUAGCUCUCCUGUGGUAAUCGGAUGCAGCAUCGUGCCUCAUGGCAACCUUUGCGAUCUUGUAAGGUCCUGGCGGCAGCUGAGUGCCUCUUUGGCUUCAUGCUGCCUUUGAUGCAAUUUCAUUACUACAUAAGGACCGCUGGACAGACCCUGUCCCUGUGUAAAGGGGGUUUAAGUCCAUAGAAUGCCAUAUGUCCUGUUUUUUUUUUCCCUCUUGACCAAGUGAGCACAUAUAUGUCCAUGUAUCUUAUAUCAAUAUUGAAUCAUAAAACAUUUUACUGUAGACAUGGCACAGUUCUCUUGUUGUGAUAUUUCCCAGUGAAAGGUAAGAGGAGCAAAUGUUGACACUUGAGGUGAAGUCAUAAGGUUAUGAAGGGGACUAAUGACUUUGUAGUCUCAGGAAUGCAUUUAUUUGCACUGCUUUUAAGUAUUAAAAUUGGCAUGCUGGCUUGAAUGUCUGGUUUGUAUCUGAAUGUACCAGGACGACUGUCUGCUGAUCGGGAGUGUCCACCACUUGAUUAUUUAUGGUAAAAGGGAGCUUUUUUUUUUUUUAAUUGAAUAGUUUUUGUUGUCGAAAAUGUGGUUGAUGCAUGCUUAUACACUGCAUAAAAUCAAAGUUUGAGCAUAAUGUGACUGCAUGUAAAUGCAAAAAAUGAAGGGGGAAAACAACUUAAUGUGAAAGUCACAAUCUGGAAGGACUGUUUAAAUAGAUAAAAAAAAUUGUACGCUAAGAAGCACAUUGCAAUAUGUAAUCAUCAUCAUCAUAAGCUUCUCAUUAAAGGCUAUUAUUUUUGUUUUAUGGGCAUGGUUGCUGCAGAAGCUUAUGUAUUGACUGAGGGGUAACAAAGAAUGCUGCACUGUAUGGUUUAGCAUAUUAAUGUUGUAAGAUUGUCAUUUUUUGCUGUUCGACACUAUUAAAGGAAAUAUUGCAAU